CUCACUGUUCUCCCGCACGAAAACUGCGAGCAAAGCAGAAAGUGGCGAAAAGUGUUUUGUGGAAAACAGCAAUCGAAGCGUAGACCAAAAUAGAUCCACCGAAACGAGAAGAAGGGGCGCGUUCGGUGGGUUGGGUUAGGAGGGUGUCGACUAAACUGAUUAGAAAAUCCGCCUUGGCCGAUUCCGAUUGCUUUGGCAUUUGACACAGAGGCAGUGCAGCAGCGGCCAAGGCGGAGGAAGAGGCAGCGGCGUAUUUGUGUUGCCAAAUUGCCAGCUAGAAAAGUCACCGAUGUCUUGUCAGUUGGCUCUGCUCUCUUCGCUGGCCGUCAUUUAGCGCCGUUUGCCAUUUGAAUGGUUUGGGGAUUCGGUUCUUGGCGGUUCUUGGUUCUCUCGCCGCUGAAUCACCUCUCAGUUCUCUAGGAAUCGAGGUAGCCACGGGCCCAUUGCCGCCGCCGGGGCAUUAAUCAGUUGCAAGACGAUCGAUUAGCGGAAAACAAGAGCCCGCCCGUGCAACUGCAGCCGCCUGGCGAUUGCCCAUUUCCGAUUCUCCUCGCUCCGUGCCGCGCUCUCAUAAAUACCUCUCAAAAUCGUAGAUAAAUAAAUAAUAUAUCGAUUGGCCCAGUGAUUUGCGAGCGAAAGUGAAAUAAAUAUUAUUUUCGAAUUACCUAAUCGGCUGGCCAUUAACGUGAGUGGUGUGUGCGAUUUUCUCGAGUGCGUGGUGAAUAUAUUUUAUAUAAUACGCGUUAGCCGAAUUGAUUUUCCCCCGAGAGCAGUACUCUUCUCAUUGCAUCGGCGAACGUUGGAGGAUUCGGAUUACGCAAUGGCCGCUGAGGAGGCGCUAACCGGCGUCGGCGAGCUGCUCUUCUCGCUUCUAAUUGGCUACCUGGGCGCCCUGGAAUUCGCCUUUGUGGCUAGACAUCUCUACCACUGGUCCUUCCAGCAUCCCGACGAUUCUUCUGCCGAUGCUGGCGCUGACUCAGAAGAAUUACCUCGUCUGCGUGAGCGAUUGGAUAAGGAGAUCAAAGAGGCAGCCGAAAGGGAAGCGCUGGCGGGCACCAAUGUCAUGCAGGAUGGUGUUCUCUAUAGCAACGGAAUUCGCGUGGAUCCGGCUGGAGAAAAAAGAGAAGCUCUGGCCGCAGAACUGGCUCGUCAGCAGCAAAUCGAGGCGGAUACGCGACGUCAGCUGGCCGAAGCCGAAGCCAAACUGGCAGGAGAAAGACUGCGGGUCCAGCGGGAGAAAGAGGAAGCGGAGGAGCAGCAGCGAAAGCUCGUAGAGGCCGAAAGACAGCGCGAGAGAGAGCAUGCGGAGAGAGAGCUGCAAGAACAAAGAGACGCAGAGCGCAGGAAGCUAGAAGCAGAAGAGAAAGAACGCCUAGAGAACGAGAGAAAGCUGAUAGAGGCCGAGCGAGAGCGGGAAGAGAAGGAGCGAAGACUGCAAGCGGCGGAAGAGCAGCGAGAGCGGGAGGAAAAUGAAAGAAGAAUCAUCGAGGCAGAGCGACAGAGAGAGCAGGCCGAAGCCGAGGACGAGCGCCAAAGAGAGCUAGCCGAGCAAGCAAGGCUCCUGGUUGAAGCCGAGCUAGCCGAAGCCGAGCGUCGCAUCUUUGAAGCCGAGAUCCAGCGAGAGCGGGAACAAGCCAACGAGGAAGAACAGGCCCAACGCGAUGCGGAGAUUGUAGAGCGUCUUCUGGCGGCGGAAAGAGAGCUCAGUAUGAGUGCCACCGAGAGCGAACUGGAGGAAGAUGCCGCCAUCGCUGAGCAGUCGCGUCGUCUCAUCUCCAGCAGAACAGAUCUCGAGCAGAAGCAGCGAAUGAUCGAGGAGAAUGCUCGACGCUUCUUGGAGGCCGAAGAGGAGAUGGUGAUGCUGCAGCAGCGAAAACUGCAAGCCACCCACAGCAAAGAGGAGGCUGACGAGUAUGCCGGAAUGGAGCCCGUGGUGGAGGAGCCGUGUGUGAAAAAGGUGGCGCCACCUAGAUUUCAGGAACCGCCAGAAGAACCACUCGUAGUGCAGAAGGUUAAAACGCAAUUUGGUCAAGGAAAGGGUUCCGAAGAUAACUAUUUGGUGAAAUCCAAAACCCCUCCCUUCCCCGGUGUCUCCGAUGAAGGAUCCUCCGUGGAACCCUUCUCCAGCCAGCAGUCUUCGUUCAGCACCCAACCCUCGGAAGAAAUCAACCGCACCGAAGGCGAACGUCCAGAGCCCGAGGGCGAGGAUCAAAUACCGGAUGUACAGUACACCGAGGACUAUCUUCGAUCUCUGGAUGGCAUCAAGAGUCGCCCCUUGGUCCGCGAAGACGGUUCGGGCCGGAGAAGAGCCUUCAAGAAGCGACGCUCCAGUGGCAGUUCCAACUCCUCGCGAGACUCACGCGCCUCCCGGGACGAGGAGCUGAAGAUGUUCACCUCGCUGGAGGAGGAGGAGCUGCGCCAUGGCGAGCGGGAAGACUACAACCCCAUCAAGUAUACGAGUGAGCCCACCCUGAAGGUCAAAUCCCACCGACGUCACAAACGGAGUCCGGCCAAGGAUGUUAGGCCGCCGGCAGAGACGAGUGCUGGAUCCCUGGAGAUGCUCGGCGAGGAGAGCACUAAUCCCUGGGGUGAGGUGGUACCGGAACACUAUAAGGACACCGAGUUCUGGAAGCGGGAGAAGGCCCUGUCCAUAGACGAAGAGGAAGUCGAGAUGGAGAGGACCUCCAGGGGAGAGGAUGUAGAGGAUGAAGCCACCAACGAGCCGAAGUCCUCCUCUUUCGAGGAGGCCACUGAGGCACAAAACGAACAAGCAGUGGCUGCCCUGAAGCAGCAACUUUCCAAGGAGCAGAUGGACAAGGAAAAGGAGAAGGACAACUCGCAAGCAGUGGAGACCAGCGACAGCAACAAAGCCAAUCUGCAAACCUCUUCCGCAACAGAGGAGCAAUCAAGGGUUGGUUCACCUGGCUUGCGUCGCAGUCCGCGCAUGGACGAAAUGGAGCAUUACCCGGAACGUUGGUCCGCCAGCCAGGAGCAGCAUCUAGUGCCAGGAGCACCGGCCAUCAAUGUCCAGCAACCGGAUACGGCACCUUGGCGGGAUCAGUACGGUUUGCUCAUGGAGGGACUCAGCGAUUUCUACGACUUUACCGCUUCAGUCAACCCGUCGAGAUCCCGUUCGGCAUCGCGAAAUCCCUCACCAGCUCCCAAGAAUGUGGCUAAUCUUAUGGAUGUGGACACGGAGCGAUCGCUGGAAGUUUUUGACGACACACAGGAGGGUGUGAUGGCAGGUGAACUGAACUGCGAGUCUGUGCUGCAACUUCUCGAAUCGAAUUUGAAUGGAAACGAAUCCUCGAAUGAGCAGCUACAAGUGCAAACUGUAGCAGAUGAUGGUAGGAAUGGAAAUUCCAUGGUGCCAAUGGUAUAUGAAUCACUUGGUGCUCCGGUGGAGGAAAGGAGAAGGGAGCCCUCUGUCGAAAGGAUACCAUGCCGAUCUCGAUCCCGUUCGCCACUUCCCACCUCGGAGAACCUCGAGAAAAGCAUCCACAAACGCAGGGAGCGACUGAUCAAACAGAACGAUGAACUCGCCGAACGUCUAUCCCGAUCUAGUUCGGAAGGUUCCAUGGAAAUCGAAACUAAUGGCAAUGGAAGACUGAGUCCCCAACUGGAGGUCACUCUGCCGCAGCCCGUGAUAGAGAUCAAUGACAUGGCUGAUGAGCCCAUGGAGGAGGCCGAAACUACGCCCGAGCAGAUGCGACUCUUUGUGGAGGGCCUAAGGGCUGAGAGGAAUGCCCGCUCGAGGUCAGCGACACGUUCACGUUCCCGUUCUCCGCUGCCGACGGCAGAUAAUAUAGAAAAGAGCCUGGAAAGUCGACGUCUAAAGCGCAUUCAACAUAACGAUGAAAUCUUCGAGAAACUGCAAAUCUCUCCUGAAAUUAUAAUAGAAUCCGCUUCACCUCCAAAGUCACCGCUUCCCCUGCCCACCGUAUCGAUUGAAAUUGUGGCACCUCCAGAGGAGGAAGCUGAAGUACCAACCGAAGUAGAGCCUGAGGAUACUCCGGAGAGCAUGGCCAGACUCUUCGAGCAAUUGCGCCUGAACCGAGUACGUUCCCAUUCGCGAACCAGAUCCAGAUCGCGAUCUCCUCUACCCACGGCCGCUAAUUUGGAGCAGAGUGUGCAGAAGCGGCGCGAGAAGCUGAUUGCCCAGAAUGAUCAGUUCUUCGAGGUGCUACAGGAGAGGGCAAGGACCCCGGAACCCGAAGCUCGGCUAACAGUGGAGUACGUCUAUGAGUUUGUCCAGGAGAAAGAUGAACACAUUGCUGAAAGUCGCGACAUGCGAUCGCUGUCACCAUCUCGAUCGCGAUCGAAGUCAGAAGAACGAGUGCCUGAUGAUUUCCAUUUGAUGCUCAAUCUGGAGGGCAGUGAGUUGCGUACACUGCGCAAAAACAGCGAGGAACUGGAAAGUGUCCUGGCAGCGAGUGUCAGACAGAGGGAAUUGGAUCUGGAGGCCCUAGAGAAACUGCACAAUGCCAAUGAGGAAAUGGAGUUGCGUGUGCUGAGUCCAACGAACUCUGAACUAGAGAGAGUGGUUGAGAUGACACGGGAGAACCCAGACCUAGACCGAACUGUAUCCGAGGUGGCCAGGGAUCUGCAGGAGGAACUCGUGGCCAGUGGCUUCAAACGCUCCACCUAUGUGGGUGAGUCCCUUGAUCUGGGCAGUGAUCAGUUCAAGGAGCUACGUCGCGAGGCAGCUGAAUUUCAAAGAUCCCGCAGCCCAUCUCCUGGACUAAGCAUGGAUCUGGCUCGAGAGCAGGCGGCAGCUCAAAGAGAGCUCCAAGCCGCCAUUCUAGACUCCCUAACCGAAAGUCGUUUGGGCGCCAAACCCAAGACCUUCUCCGAGGAGAGAGCUGCCCAGGACAUCUCUGCCGCCCAGCUGGAUGACUUGCGUCAUCGCACCGCCGAGUUUCAGCGAUCACGCAGCCAGAGUCGUUCUCCCCUGAGAGAAGAGGAGCUCAACCAGUUGAGGGACAUCGAAGCUGAAUCGGCCAAAAGGGAUUUACAGGAUCAAUUGCUAGAUAGGUUGGCCGCCUCGAGCAUUAAUUUCGGCGACUUUUCACGGCACUUGAAUGCCGACUUCUUGGACAGCGAGCGACGGGCAUCGGAUUCGGCUUUAAAUGACCUAGAGCCGGAUGAGUACCAUCACUUUCGUCGCUACUCACUCGCCCAGGAGCAGCCCGUUGAGGAGUAUCCCAGCGAUGACUUUGUCUACAUCUCUCAAAUCGAAGUGCGAACUCUUACAGGAACCAGAACGUGGUUAAAGGAGGAUUUUUACACCCAAGAACCGGAUUACAGUGAUUCAAAAAGUCCAGUGAAAGAUGAAGAUUCCUGGGCGAGAGCUGUUUUGGCCGCAGAAGCGGAGGCAGCCGAAUUUGAUUCGACUAAUGCCAUCUACAGCUAUGAUAUACUUAGCGACCACGAGAAUCUGGAUCAGGAGAGGAGUAGCUCCAAUGACAGCGAGGAUACACGACAAACAGUGGUGGAGAUCGAUGACGAGGAUGAGUACGAGUUCGAGUUGGACGAGGGAAUCUCGGAUAAUAAUGAACGCACCCAACCCACCGACGAGUCCCAUCAUGACACUUCCGAAUGCGAAGAGGCCGAGAGGAAUGCAGAUCGAUAUGAGAAUAGGGGAGCUCAGGAUUGGGAGGAGGUGGAUGAUGUGGAGGAGUUUCUCGACUAUGGUCUCGAUGACGGUGCUGUGGGCGGAGCAACCCCCUAUUCCGAUCCCGACUCCUUCAUCGAUCAGAUCUACAACGAGGCCAUUAAGAACCGGAAGCAGUCGGGUAUCCUGAGGGAGUACGAGACGAUGGUUCAGGAACAACUGCCCUCGGAUCACAGCGAAUCGGAUAAGGAAAAGUCGGGAUCGGAUAGUGAGAAGUACGCCCUAUGGGCCAAGACCAGGGAACUCGAGCGAUCCCAUUCCAGCACCCGACACUCAGAUGUGGACAUUGCCUUGGGAUUGAUGCCUGAAAGCGAACACCGCGAGUCUGAAAUGCGUUACUUGGGAGAUGCUCAUGUGGUGGCCCGACAAUCCACAAGGCUACGUACCCGUUAUGGCUUUAAUCCCAACCUGGAUGUGGGUGAGCUGGAAGAUGACAUCGAGGUGGAUCUGAACUACAAGCCCAAGAGGGAGUACAACUGGCGCAAGAACUUUCGACUGGAUGACAAUGAUGAGGGCGAAAGAAAUGGCCAGGAUGUAGCAGAUGAUAUUGAAGAUCAAAAUCAAGAUCAAGAGGCCAGGGACCAGUUUGAGGAGGAAUUCGGAUGGCAGGACCGAGAGCAGGAAGAAUAUAGGGAUCACAAUCAAGAUCAAGAUCAGCCAGAGUUUGUGAACGAAGAAAACGGUGAUCUAGAGCAUGGAGAAUUAUUCGAGAACCGCCGGAUCAGCCUAGGCGGAGAAAGUAUCACCCUCUUCAGUCGCAGUCCUGUUCGCGAAAUUCUACCCGAUGUACCAGAAGAACAAGCCCAAGAAGAAGAGCUACCCGAAGAACAGCCAGAAGAAGCGGCUCCCUUGGAAGAAUCGCCCGCUGAGAAGCCCAAGAAGAAGAAGAGUAAGAAGAAGCUGCGCAAAGGAUCCAAAACCGAAGAAGAACUUAGGGAAGACAAUGAUUCGGACACUCAAGUGGGUUUGACUCGACGCAAUGAAGACCAGGAGGCAGCAGAACCUCCCAAGAGAAAGACACGUUCCCGGCGAAGCUCCAAAAGCAGCUUGACCAACGAAGAAGGGGGAUCAGGAGGACUCUUCUCACCCAGAAGCAGUCUAGCCUUUGUGGGCGAAUCCCUGGAGGGCAUAGCAGAAUUCGAAGCAGACGAAGAGCAGUCCACAAAGAAGAAGACUAAGAAACGCAAGAAGUCUUCGGCAAAGGAGAACAAGGAGGAAGCUAGAGAAGAAACCCCAGCUCAGGCUACAGAAGAUUCUCACUUGGAUAAGGCUUUGGCCGCUGCCUUGGCGGAGAUUGCUCCCGUUUCGGUGUCCACCAAUUUGACUCCAGAAUCCACGCAGCAGAAUCUACUCUCCACCAUCAGUGCUGGCCAAAGUGUGUGUAUAACCCCAGCUUCGUCGGUCGAGGAGAUUGUAGAAUCCCCCCCUGUAUCGACUGCAACUGCAGUUGUGCCCGCGCGCUCCGUUGUGGACACCUUUGAUAUACUCAAGGAUGCCAACUUCUAUCCACUCUUCUAGCUCGCUUGGUUUGAAAACUAAUCUUGUAACCACACACACUCUAUCACUCAUUUGAUUUACUCUCUAUCUGUUUCUUAUAGACAUGUUCAUAAGCCAAGUCAAGCCAAGCACAGCCCAGCACAAUCCAGUCCAAGCCACAUCCAAAACCGAGCACGCUGUACAUGAAAUCAGACCCAGUUAAAGUUCCAGAAUCCAGCAUCCAGCAUCCGCUCCUCUGACUGAGGGAUCCCCGCGAUUCCGAUCUGUAUAAACCAUGUAUUAUACUAACGACCCAGAAAACUUUGAACCCAUUAUGAAUCGAACGAUUGAAGGAUUGUUUACCAUAGCUGUUAGUUUACUUAACGAUUUUGUCUUUAUAAAAAUGCCGAGAAUAAAAGCCAACUGAA